AUGGAUAGACACAGAAAACGCCACUGCUGGGAAUGUCGUCGACUGUGUUUGGUCUGUGAUUUCACCGAGCCUGCGUGCAGGAGGUGCUUUUUGUCUGGUAUCGAAUGUCCGGGAUACAGUGAUGUCAAACCAACAAAAUUCAAGUGGCUCAUACCUGGGCGAAUCACAUCUCGCCAUCGAGUACGAAAGAGGACUGCUUCCGAUGUCAUGGACAAUAAUCGGAACGAAAUGAAGACUACCAGAACCACAAAGCUAGCGACGACGAAGAAAGGCUUGUUGAUACCCCAGUUCGAGAUCCUGACAGAGGCUCAUAUAAUUGGGCAAGCUGCACAGUACUUCAAUUCUUGUAUAUAUCAAGACCUCCUCCCAAUCCAAGAAUUGGGACCAAAUCCUCAUAUAUACCCAAUCUCGGCCACACAUCUCAAAGUGGCAGCAACACGCCCAGACUACUUGCUAUUUGGGAUGAUAUGCAUGACCCUCAGUCACCGCAUCAACCGAACGAGGAGUGAAUCCUCCUCGAAGGCCCUGGCUCAAAAAUUCUACCUCUACUGGGGCCUUUCCGUACGCUCCCUCAACAGGCGCCUCGAUGUGAAAGAUGGGCAGUUGGAUGAUCUUGUUCUUGUCAGUGUAAUGACCCUUUUGCUCACCGAUGUCCAAAUGGGCACCUCGCUUAACUGGAGAUGUCAUCUGGACGGACUUCACAAAAUGAUAGCGCUACGGGGUGGCUAUAAAGUACUUGCUACAUCGUGGAGUCUAGAGCCGCUGCUCAUUUGCCUGUGGUUUGUUGCGGUGAUCGCGAAUACAACAUGUCCAGCAUCAGACCUCACUAUGACCAGUUCGCAGCUGGACGAAAUCGAAUUCUUGCAAAAACAGUACAGCGAUGCGGCAUCCCCAUUCAUGAUGUGCCCUUUUACAUUGUUCGCCCAGAUUAUCAAGAUCAAUCAUCUUCGGAUGCGAGCCACUGCAUGUGAGACGAAGGAGAUCAAUGACCUCUCGCAAGAGGCCUACAAUAUACUGGAGAGAAUCCAUGAUUUCUCGCCAGAAGAAUGGGCAAAUUCCAAAUUCUCGUCUAAAGCUGACUGGUUGCUCAUAGGCAAGGUAUACCAAGCAUCCAUAGUAUUAUACUGUAUCCUGUCCCUACAAAGCUUAUCCGUUCUCCCCACGACGGCUUUACUGCAAGCCAGCUGCUCCGCACAUGGCCGUCAUCUACAUUUACUUCUAGAUCAGGGGCUAGCAUCACAAAAGAUCAAACGCUUCAUGAUUUGGCCUCUAGUCUUACUUGGAGUGCAAGCCAUUCAUGAGGACUUAGCUACCCGAGCUUUUGUUUCGAAGCAGCUGCCAGAACUGAGUCGCGAUGUCGGUACCUACGUCCCACUGAUGGCGAAGCGUGUUCUGGAGUCAUUUUGGGGGUCGGGAAAGACGGAUUGGGAUGCUUGUUUUGACAGGCCGUAUGUGUUUACGACACAGAUCGCUGUGGAUACUAGCCGCUGCCGAUGA